CUUUUGCCCUCCGGAAAGAGCUUCAAGAACUUCGCAGUCUUCCUCCGCCCCUUUGCGGAAAGAGCCGAAGGCUGAGUAGGGUGCCGAAGCGGAGUCGCGUAGAGCUCGGGGCCUUCCGGAAACCCUCGGACUGCACUCGGAAGAGGAGGGCGCCUCUGACUUCAGAGCUUCGCCCCCGCGCUGUGCCCUCUGUCGGUGGCGUGGGGCAGCUGUAGCAGCCGUGGCGGCAGGAGGCGGUAGCCGCGUCGACGUCGACCAAGACUGGAGCGACGUUUAAAGAAGCAGCAGAAUCGCCCGGGAGUCCGGCUUCUUGUUGUUGGAGGACUCCCACCCUUCCGCGGCUGAGGAGCAGCGGCGGCGCCAGGAAGCAGGGAGAAGUCAUGAGAUUUGAUACAUCGUCCAAAUGCCGGCAUGGAGAGUAGAAAACUGAUUUCUGCUACAGACAUUCAGUACUCUGGCAGUCUGCUGAACUCCUUGAAUGAGCAACGAGGCCAUGGACUCUUUUGUGAUGUUACUGUUAUUGUGGAAGACCGAAAAUUCCGCGCCCACAGGAAUAUUCUUUCAGCUUCUAGUACAUACUUCCAUCAGCUCUUCUCAGUUGCUGGGCAAGUUGUUGAACUGAGCUUUAUAAGAGCAGAGAUCUUUGCAGAAAUCCUCAAUUAUAUCUAUAGUUCUAAAAUUGUCCGUGUUAGAGCAGAUUUACUUGAUGAGUUAAUUAAAUCAGGGCAGUUAUUAGGAGUGAAAUUUAUAGCAGAGCUUGGUGUCCCAUUAUCACAGGUUAAAAGCAUCUCGGGUACACCUCAGGAUGGUAGUACUGAAACCUUGCCUCCUGAUUCUAGUGACAAAAACCUUGUAAUACAAAAAUCAAAAGAUGAAACCCAAGAUAAUGGGGCGACUAUAAUGCCUAUCAUAACAGAGUCAUUUUCAUUAUCUGCUGAAGAUUAUGAAACGAAAAAGAUCAUUGUUACUGAUUCUGAUGAUGAUGAUGAUGAUGAUGAUGUCAUUUUCUGCUCUGAGAUUUUGCCUGCAAAGGAGACUUUGCCAAAUAACAAUGCAGUGACACAGGUCCAGCCUAACACAGGCCCUGUUGCUAUUUCAGAUGUUGCACCUUGUGCUAGCAAUAACUCUCCCCCUUUAACAAAUAUCACACCUACUCAGAAACUUCCUAUUCCUGUGAAUCAGGCAACUCUGAGCCAGACACAAGGAAGUGAACAAUUGCUGGUAUCUUCGGCUCCAACACAUCUGACUCCCAAUAUUAUUUUGUUAAAUCAGGCACCACUUACUACACCACCAAAUGUCAGUUCUUCACUUCCAAAUCAUAUGUCUUCUUCAAUCAAUUUACUUAUGCAGAAUCAGCAGACACCAAAUAGUGCUGUUUUAACAGGAAACAAAGCCAGUGAAGAGGAGGAGGAGGAAAUUAUAGAUGAUGAUGAUGAUACUAUUAGCUCCAGUCCAGACUCUGCAGUCAGUAAUACAUCUUUGGUCCCUCAGGCUGAUACGUCCCAAAAUACCACUUUUGAUGGAUCAUUGAUACAGAAGAUGCAGAUUCCUACACUUCUGCAAGAACCACUUUCUAAUUCUUUAAAAAUUUCAGAUAUAAUUACUAGAAACACUAAUGAUCCAGGUUUAGGAUCAAAACACCUAAUGGAGGGUCAGAAGAUCAUUACUUUAGACACAGCUACUGAAAUUGAAGGCUUGUCGACUGGUUGCAAGGUUUAUGCGAAUAUCGGUGAAGAUACUUAUGACAUAGUGAUCCCUGUCAAAGAUGACCCUGAUGAAGGGGAAGCCAGACUUGAGAAUGAAAUACCAAAAACAUCUGGCAAUGAGUCAGCAAGCAAACGCAUGAAAGUAAAACAUGAUGAUCACUAUGAGUUAAUAGUAGAUGGAAGGGUUUAUUAUAUCUGCAUUGUAUGCAAAAGGUCAUAUGUCUGUCUGACAAGCUUGCGGAGACAUUUUAACAUUCAUUCUUGGGAGAAGAAGUAUCCAUGCCGUUACUGCGAGAAGGUAUUUCCUCUUGCAGAAUAUCGUACAAAGCAUGAAAUUCAUCACACAGGGGAGCGAAGGUAUCAGUGUUUGGCAUGUGGCAAAUCUUUCAUCAACUAUCAAUUUAUGUCUUCACAUAUGAAGUCGGUUCAUAGUCAAGAUCCUUCUGGGGACUCGAAGCUUUACCGUUUACAUCCAUGCAAAUCUUUACAGAUCAGACAAUAUGCAUACCUUUCUGAUAGGUCAAGCACUGUGCCUGUAAUGAAGGAUGAUGGUAUUGGGUAUAAGGUUGAUGCUGGAAAGGAACCUCCAGUAGGGACCACAUCUACUCAGAACAAGCCAAUGACCUGGGAAGAUAUCUUUAUUCAGCAGGAAAAUGAUUCAAUUUUUAAACAGAAUGUAACAGAUGGCAGUACCGAGUUUGAGUUUAUAAUACCAGAAUCUUACUGAACUCCUUCGAAAUAUCAGGAAGUUUCGGUGUGGGUUAAGGGGCAGGGAUUUCAGAAGACCUGUAAAACCAAUUAAGGUGAAAAUAAGUUACUUUGAUCUGCCAUAUCAUCUGAAAGUAGUCUAGUUGGAUUAUUGUUGAUGGUUUUUAGAAGCAAAUUUUUCUUAAAGUUUCAGUAGAGGUUGAGAAUUUCCCCUCUCAGUAUGUUUAUAUAGUUAGCUUUCAGCUCAUUUAAAAGAGGCAAGAAUGAAAAAGCAUGGAGGGAUAGUUUUCUGACUAGAAUUUGAAGCAGUCUGAAUGUUUUUUGAAAAUAACUGGAGUUACUAGCAUACCCUAGUACAUCAUACAACCUUCCCCUUCCAUGUUAGCACUUUACUGCUGAAUUCUCGGUUUUCUUACAUUGAGACUAUAAAUGUGUGUUGUCUUGUAUAUGACAUAAAAAACUUCUGAAACUGGUCUAGAAUAUUUCAUAACAAAUCUCCACUUGAUUGUGUAUUCUGCUAGUCCAAAUGGAUAGCAACCUCCUGCCUCCCCUCAUGAAAAUAGCCAUGCAGAUGAGUCUUGUAUGAAGAAUGACUUAGUUUUUAGUUAAUUAGAAUUAAUCCUUGCCUUUAUUGCCAUUGUCUGUGAAAGAUUUUGGUGGCUAGGCCAUACUAUCUACCUUUGCAAUGUGAUCUGUGUAGGCAGAAAAACUAGUGGAAAAACAAAUCUUCAUAAUGCAGACAGGAGACACACAAGUUCUGUCACACUUUUUUUAAUUCUCUGCUCUUACAUAAGAGAGAAUGGAAUCAAGUGGAGAUUUCCUUUUUGUUUGAUAUGGUUAAUAUUCCCAUAAAAUGUUAGAAA